AUCUAAUUGUCGUUUUAUUGGCAUUCAAUCGUUCCAGUUGUCGGUAAUUAUUGUCGAAUAUCUAACCGUUUGCUUUCGUUUACAGGAAUUAUAUGAAUGACAGCUUAAGAACCAAUGUGUUCGUGCGGUACUCACCGGAAACCAUUGCCUGCGCCUGUAUUUACCUCAGCGCCAGAGUCCUUAAAGUUCCGCUGCCGAAGAAUCCCAAUUGGUUUGAAGUGUUCAACGUUUCCGAGGAUCAGUUAAAAGACAUCUGUAUUUCAAUACUCAAGCUCUACGUGAGACCCAAACCUAAUCAACAAAAGUUGGAGUCUAUUGUUGAGAAUUUGCGCAAAACGUACGAAAACGCGAGGUUGAAGGCCAAGGAAGUGAAUGUUUUGGACAACGGAACGCCCACUUCCAAUGGCAUGGAAGUGAGUCCCGCCUCCAGAACCAAUUCGCCGCUAACUAAGCCUAAAGUGGACAACAGUUCGCCUAAA